GAGAGGGAAAAGGCAGAUAAAGCAUGCUUUCAGUUCAACAGGAUGAACUAACAAGAGAGAGACAGAGAGAGAGCAGUCGCCAAAGAUAGAGUUACGUGAAAUGUUUGGACUUAAUCUACUCAGCCACAGCUCAGAGGGACACUGAAACGCUUGUGUGAGGUGUUUAAGCUGAGGAUAAAGCAGCCUUCUUCAUUCACCAGAUACAACAGACCCUGACCCCACACUUCCAUCUAAACACAAGCCCAUUAAAGGAAGCUCAUCUAACGGCAAACCAAAGUGUAUGGUGACUCCCUCACCCACCAUGGUCUUUAGUUAUUCACACACUUCAGUGAGGAGAGGACAUUAGCAUAUCGUUCUGACGUCAUCUUGGAUCAUACUGGAGUUUAAAUACGUUUCCUGAUGCAAACCUGCAGGACAAAUCCAGCUUUGGAUGUAUGUCCAUUUCCCAUCUGGAAGUAGCCAGCUGUUGACACUUUUCACUUCCUUUUUUUGAAACAACAAUUCUCCCUGAUGAUCACAAGGGAAUAUGUCACUCUAUUUCUGGUGGGCUCUUGUUUCCUGUUGGACUACAGCUCCCAGAUCCCCCUGCAAGCUCAGCUGCAGAGCAGAACUAAGGGCACAGAGAUGUCAGCCAGAGGAGGGACUGGAAGUAAGAGUGUGAGGGCAUCUGUUGGGGAAAUGGCUUCACUAGAGCACAGCACAAGGCUAAGGAGACAUGGGAGGCUUAGGGUCCAGCGAAUUAAAAGAGGAUGGGUGUGGAACCAGUUCUUUGUCCUGGAGGAGUACAUGGGCUCUGAACCACAGUAUGUUGGAAAGCUCCACACAGACAUGGACCAUGGAGACAACGCAGUGAAGUACACCCUGUCAGGAGAAGGAGCUGGGUCCAUCUUCAUCAUUGAUCAAAUUACAGGAGAUAUACAUGCACUGGUGGGGCUUGACAGGGAGGAAAAGUCAUACUAUACGCUGAAAGCCCAGGCUGUUGACAUCCACACAGGCCUUCCUCUGGAGCCACAGUCUGAGUUCAUUAUCAAGGUGCAGGACAUCAACGACAAUGAGCCACGAUUCCCAGAUGGACCCUACAGCGCCAGUGUCCCCGAAAUGUCCCCAACUGGAACCUAUGUGACACAGGUGACUGCCACAGAUGCAGAUGACCCCACAUAUGGCAACAGCGCACGCAUCGUCUACAGCAUCCUUCACGGCCAGCCCUACUUUUCUGUGGACCCCAAGACAGGAGUGAUCAGGACAGCACUGGCCAACAUGGACCGAGAGGUGAAAGAGGAGUACCAGGUUCUUGUCCAGGCCAAGGACAUGGGAGGUCAACUGGGUGGGCUGGCCUCCACCACCACCAUCAACAUCACCUUAAGCGACGUCAAUGACAACCCACCACGCUUUGCUAAGAGCAUUUUCCAUCUGCGGGUGCCAGAGUCUGCAUCAGUUGGCUCAGCAGUGGGCCGGAUUCGAGCCCACGAUCUGGAUGCUGGCAGCAAUGCAAAGGUGGAUUAUGCUAUUGUUCCAGGAGAUGAAGGCAACAUGUUUGACAUCAUCUCUGACGGCCAAAGUCAAGAGGGAAUCGUAGUCUUGAAAAAGACUCUUGACUAUGAAACCAAAAAGUCAUACACUUUCAAGGUUGAGGCAUCCAAUGCUCAGCUGGAUCCCCGUUUCCUCCACCUGGGGCCCUUCAAGGACUUGGCAACAGUCAAGGUGAACAUCCUGGAUGUGGAGGAGCCUCCUGUCUUCACCAAGCCCUCCUACUCUCUGGACGUGUACGAGGACACUCCACCGGGAACCAUCAUCGGCUCAGUGACAGCUUAUGACCUGGAUGCCAGCAGCAGCGCUGUCAGGUAUUCACUGGAAUGGCGCACAGAGUCUGAUAACUGUUUUGAUAUUGACACUGUUGAGGGAACCAUUUCUACUAACGAAUACCUGGACAGGGAGACAGAUGUCCAGCACAAUGUCACUGUGGUGGCAACCAAAGUCAGCAACCCUCUGCUGGUCACCAAAGUGUCAGUGACAGUCAACGUCCUGGAUGUAAAUGAGUUCCCUCCUGAGCUGGUGGCUCCUUCAGAUAACUUUGUCUGUGAAAACUCCAGGGUUGGACAGGUAAUCCAGAUAGUCAGUGCUGUGGACAAGGACCUUCCUACUGUUGGCCAGAGGUUCUUCUUUAAGUCCCCCAAAGAGCUCCGCAACAGGAACUUCACAGUUCGAGAUUUUGGAAACAACACUGCUGGUAUUGUGACUCGACAUUCGGGCUUCCUUCAGGAUGUCUAUACUCUUCCUGUUGUGGUCGAAGACAGCGGUUACCCUGCUCAGAGUAGCACGGCCACCCUCACUGUCCGAGUGUGCUCCUGUGGGACCGAAGGCUCGCUGCUCAGCUGCUCAGCUGAGGCCAUUUUCUUGCCUAUGGGCCUCAGCACUGGAGCUCUUAUGGCUAUUCUUCUGUGUGUAGCUCUGUUAAUAGUUAUGGCAGCAUUGUACAUGAGCCAGAGGCACCACAAAGGAAAAGAGACUCUGAUGACAUCAAAAGAGGACAUUCGUGAUAAUGUUAUUCACUAUGACGAUGAGGGUGGCGGUGAGGCGGAUACUCACGCCUUUGACAUGGGCACUCUGCGCAAAACACACUCACAAUGCACUAACAGUCAUAGCAGCAUUUCCAAGAAGGAGCAAAACAGCUACGGUGAUGGGGUUCUGCUGCAUCUCACCAGUCGCUGCGACGAUGUAAGGUCACCUGAUAUUCAUCAUCAAACAGCCAGUGUUGUCUCCGCUGUGAACAAUAGGACCUCGCUCUCCUCCUGUGGCAAAGUGACUGAGGGAGAUGCUGUAAGGAUCAGGGAGUUCAUCGAACACCGGCUGGAGGAGAGCCAGCAGGGUUAUAGCUCUCCACCCUAUGAUUCUCUGGCAACCUAUGCCUAUGAGGGUGAUGGCUCUGUGGCUGGCUCGCUCAGCUCCAUAGAGGAGUCAUGGGUAAUUGAUAAUUCAGGGGAAUUUAGCUCCCUUGGUGACUGGGGACAGCCAUUUAAAACACUGGCUAGCAUCCUGGACAGACAGCCACCUACUCUGUCUGAGGAGAGCUGAGAGGCAGUUGGACAGCAGAAAGACUUUUCACAGCCAUGUGGGAAUUAGCUUAAUUUUCUAGACCUCUCUUUUUUUUUCUUACUGUGACAGGCACUGGGUAGAAUGAUAUGAGGAACUCAUAAGCUGUCCAUGUAAAAUAGAUUUGUGGGCUGGUAAGCUAGAGAGCGAGAGAAUCUAGCUACAGAAGUGUGAAACUUGAUAGCUCCUCAAAGUGCCUGAGGUACUUUAUGUUUACAUGUAUUUUAAUUCAUGUUACUUAAUAAAAAUCAAAACAUGGUGAUUCAACCAGUGAUUCAGUCAUUCUCCCACUUUGGUCUAGAGCAUGGGCUUUCAACCAGUGGUCCCUGAAGGCACUGCAGGCGGUCCCUUACCACGCAUUCAAUAAUGUAGUUUCACUGUAGGAAUUUGGUUUUUGUUCUUUAAACAAAUUUCCAUGUAUUACUCAUUGAUUGUGCAUUGUCAAACCCAUGCAAAUAUAAAAAACUUGGAAAUGCCCAGGUAACUUGCAGAAUUAACAUAGUGUCCAUCUGAUCUAUC